CCGUGCGCUGUCCGAUGUCUCUUCCGAAUCAGGGAAUUUUCCUCCUCUCCAGCCCAGGAUAAGUGACCAUGGUUCCUGCCUUUCCGAGAUCCCUCGCUGCUGUUCUGAUGAUCUUGUGCUGCUGUAAUUCUCAGCUGGUUGUAGACUACGACAUCGCUCUGUUCAACGGUGAGGUGUCGCGGUUAGCCACGCUGGUCUGGCUGAGCCCGGCCUACUGCCUCUUCGAGAAAUGGGUUGAGCAGAGAGGGGGUGAGCUGACCAUGCGAUCAUCUGCCUCCGUCCAAGUGGAGCUCCUACGAGAAGAUAAUGCCACAUUCGUCCUGCCUCAGAGGUACAGCGUCCCUUUCUGCAACGACUUCUCUCCCAAACCCGCAGCUGUGUCCACGCCACUCGCCUACCAGAUGGGACCCAAUGUGGCCUGCAUAGACGGCAGCUGCAUUGAGCAUGUGUUGCCAGGACAGAGGUUCAGGGUUCGCUACAUCAUUUACAGUGUGUCCGAAGAGGCCCUGGUGACCACCAAGUGGUCUGCACCCAUAGCAACCAGAGACGACCCUCCAAGUUACUCUUCCAUUGACGCAGACACCACCCCUCGCUCUGGCGCCAUGGUGGUGAUCACUACUGUGUUGGUGGUCGCUUUGUUUCUCUUGCUUCUCGGGUUUGCCAGCAUGCUCGCGGCUCGCUCGAAAUUCGCCAGAUGAAACCGUUAGUCCCACGUGUGUGUGUGUGUAAGUUUCACCGACUUGAUUGAUGCUUUCCCUUCGGAGUCGAACCUGCUGUGUUUCCAAUGAGAAUAAAGCUCUGAUUUGAU